GCGAUCAUUGUAUUCACAGGGCACAAUGGUGAAGAGUAGAAAGAUGCCUGUGGGCCAUCACGAACAUUGUGAUAAGUGUUACAAUGCCCAUUGUCAAGUCCCGGUGCAGACCUCUGUCUCAUGCAUGGUCAUCAAGUGUCGUAAAAACUGUGGCGCCCUCCUCCACAUGUGCAAGGAAGAGGAGCACCAGCUUCUGUGUCCCAAUGAGAUGGUCCCCUGCCUCAACGUCUCCUAUGGUUGUCCUCUCACCAUGCUGCGCCACAGGCUGGCCAAACACCUGGAGGUCUGUCCUGCCAGCGUGGUCUGCUGCUCUCAGGACUGGAAUCGCUGGCCUAUUUCAGACAAAGAUCUGGCCUUCUACAAAAAUGUUUCAGACAGCUCUCAAACUGAGGUAAACCUUGAUGUUGCUAUGGCGCUCAGGGACCAAGAGUUGUUAUUUCGAUCCAUCAAAAUGAAGAACAUUUUUCCUGAGUUGGUGGUGGAGGAUCCUGCCCUUCAGGAUGUUUCUGCCGGGGUCAACAGUCACGCAGAUGAAGCAACCUGUUCUUUAGACUGUGGUGAAUUUACAGAAAAUGGCUGGACAGACAUGGAGGUAACAGAGCUGAGCCAAGAGGAGAGGGAUGCUCUGGCAAGUAGCCGGGACAUGGAUGGUAUUCAGAAGUACAGCUCCUGGGAGAAAAUAUUCAACAAGGAGAUGGAGGGAUGCAAGCAAACUGUCAAAAACCUGAAUACAAAGGAGGAAAGAGGAAAGGCAAAAGAAGAGCAAGAAGCAUCAAACUGUCAGAGGGAGACAAGAGACUCACACAGGAGCCAAGAGAAUGCUGCUGCUGCUUCAAGCAGGGAUGGUGCAACUGGCCUUGCGCCGUGGCAAGAUGGGGUCCUUGAGAGGUUAAGCAAAGAAUUCAAUAUUGGUGAAUAUAACAUGUAUCUGGUGCACAAUGGAGCAAUGUUGAUUAACUUUGGCCAACUUGCUGCUUGCACCCCGAGAGAAAAGGAUUUUGUUUAUGGAAGUCUGGAACCCAUUGAGGUUAGAACGGUGCGCACAUUUAAUGUCCCUACAAGCUAUCGAGCAAAGUGUAGAUAUCUGAAGGACCCUGCACUAAAAGUCAAGACCAGCCACCAGAGUGUUGACACAGCAGAUUUGGGCAUAUCAGUUGAGGAUCUUCCGAAGUGCGACGAGGUUAGCGCCACACUCCUGCACUCCCUGGAAAAGGAACUGAAAGGACAUAUAAUCUCAGAGAGUGUAGGGAGAGACGGUCUUUACGUAGAUCAGGGAACACAAACAUACAACUUUGCCUCUGCUCCUUUCAAAACAGAUGCGUCGCUUGCUGAUGUCAUUGCAGACAAACCUCAUGGUCUCUAUGUAGACGUCCAAGCCGAAUCUGUCACCAGAAGACACAACAAAACAAGCUCUGCCUUCAGCUACAUGUGUGGCCACUUCUUCCGCCGUGAUGAAUACCGCUCGCAUUUCAGGAACGUGCACUCUGACAUACAGGCCUCUCUGAGCGGCUGGUUCCAACAACGCUGCCCCUUGGCAUACCUCGGCUGUGCUUUCACCCAGACGAGGUUUCACCCUGCAGGUCACCCAGCCACAAUCAAAUUCUGUCAAGAUGUCAGCACCUUCGUCCUCCAGCCAGACGUCUCCCCAUUCCUCUGUGAAGGCGGGAAAACCGCCAGCCCUCAGAGAAAUGGUGCACAUAAUGUGGAUCCCCUGAGCAGCCUGCCCCUGGAGAUCCUUCAGCACAUUGCUGCUUACCUUGACAGUUUUACAUUAUCUCAGCUGUCCCAAGUCUCCCAUCUGAUGAGAGAGGUGUGUGCCACAUUGUUGCAGGAGAGAGGGAUGGUCUCCCUCAAGUGGGUGAAAAAGACAUAUUCCCAUGGGGGGAGCUCCUGGAAAAGUCGAAGGAAAGUUUGGGAGUUCAGCUCUCUGUUUUCCUCUGUGGACAGAUGGAGCUUCAGCAACACUCCUUCCAUGUCAGAUCACCUGAAAACCUGCUCCUUCUACCAGAGAGAGGAGCACACUGACCCGGUGGCCUUAGUCUGCCUGGGAGAGGUCGGAGACAAACACAGAGAAGUAAAGCACAAAAGAUAAUGCUCAGAGUCCCAGAGCUCAGUGGGCGGACCACAACACGAGUGAUGCUGUUUAGAAUCACUCAGGCAUGACAUGUAUCCUCCGCAUAUAGAGAUUCAUAUAAUGUAUAGAAGCAAAAGGGAAUUCAGAGCUGCUGUGUGCUGAAGCCUGCAAGCAUACAGUACACUGAAGGAUUCACUGAAGUGCAAUUCCUGAAGAUUCUGAUGUGAUUUACUUGUCCUGUAUUUUCUUAUAACAUCUUCUGAAAUCAUUUUGCCUCUAAGUGGGAAAAAUGUGUUUUAUGAGUUGAUUAAAUCUUCAAUGAGCCCUCCAAGGACAUUAAAUUUACAAAUGCACUGAUAUGGUGUUUGAGAGGGGUCCUCAUAUUCUGUAAUAUCAGAUCAUUUGCCUUUGAUUGGUAGUCUGAGCUGAGUGUUGUUUGAUCCAUUUUUAAUUCAUACUUGUGAUGAAAAGCAUUUUGUCAGAGAAACAAAGGCAGCAGUUGUUGACUGUCUUCAACAUGGCAAGACUGACAUCUGCUGGAGAGAAGCUGAAGCAUCUCAUCUGUGUGGAGUGGUGACACCUUACACAUCAUAAAACAAGUUUGGUAUUUGAACGCUCAGCAUGAUAGCACGUAACCUAUAUGUCAAAUCUGAUUAUGCACAGCAGUGCAAGGUUCAUGC